AUGAUGUCGCUCUCAUUUGCGGCAACGACCCUUUUCUGUGUUGCGGACAAGUUCGAGCAAUGUACCACAGAAACGGAGGGCGACAUGGAGGGCGACUUCAGGAGCUCACGAAACCACUCCCGCCGUCGCUGUGGUCCUCCGAAUCGCCAAGUGCGUACAAGGUGUGCACGAGACGCCGAUGCCGAUGGGGAGGACAUCUGCACGCAUUGUGACUACGUCCGGAGCUUCCUGCAGGGCCUACGCGUUGCCCAUUGGGUGUCAGAUGCUGAGGGCAGAGAAUUGUGGUUUCGACGCUACGCCCUCUUGAACCGCCUAGCCGCGAAGAUUGGAUGGGGGAUGGGCCGGGCCGGGCUCAGAUGGGUCUUGGAUGGGACGUCUAACGGGGUCGGCGGGCUUGAGCGGGUGAUCCACCUGGCUCAGGACAGGACGUGGAACCCAGGUUGGGACACCCUGGAAGCGGACAUGGGGCGGGACCUGGCUGAGCUCGUGCUGUGGGACCCUCAUGUGGACAUUGAUAGCCGUGGUGGCUCGGGAUUCGAGAAAAGGACUCAGCAACCGGGAGAGGAGGCUGACAAGGAGGAUGGGGAUCAGCACGACGAGUCGGAUGACGAAUUGACCGGGAGGCCCAUCUGGCUGUAUCAGGACGGACAGUUUGUUCUUGGGUGGUACGAGGCAAAUCGCUGUUGA